UCAUGUAUGAGAUUCGUAUGAUUUAACAGCAAGUUGUUUCACAGAUAAGGUUGAUAGAGAAGGAGGUAACCCUAUGGAAAUAGGUAUACAGAAGUCAGAUAAAGAAGGUUUCAAUGCUACUAUAGUUGGUGGCGGGAAUAGCAACUUUAUUGCACCUUGUGUGUAUUAUUCGGAAAUCAAUCUCAUGCAAGAUCAUGUUAAAAUGGAAGAUCAAGGCAAUAAAUCGAAGGCGUCUGCUAAUGUAGCUCCACAAAGAGGUCUCCUGAUCUUUCUUUGUGUUCCAGUUAGUCCAGGAAAGAGCAGAUUAAUAUAUACCUAUCCACGACAUUUUGGAGUUUGGAUUGAUCAGAUUGUUCCACGAUGGAUGAUGCAUAUCGGUCCCAAUCUUACUCUUGAUUCAGAUCUAUAUCUUCUUCACAUUGAGGAGCGAAAACUAAUGGAUUCCGGCCCUCGUAACUGGCAAAAAGCUUGUUUCGUGCCAACAAAAUCGGAUGCCCAAGUUGUUGCUUUCAGAAAAUGGUUAAACAAGUACUCCAACGGUCAAAUCAACUGGGGUGACAAGUACCCUAAAACACUUCCCCCAUCUCCUCCUAAAGAACAGCUGAUGGACAGGUACUGGUCUCAUGUGGUGAACUGCAGCAGUUGUAGCGCGGCGUAUAAGGGUCUAAAUGCACUGGAAGUUGUGCUUCAGCUAGUCUCCAUUGUCUCUCUUGGAAUAGUUGCUGCAACAAAGCAUGGUGUAUUGUCAGCAACUGCAAGGACUUCAUUGGUCUCCAUGGCAUUGCUAUGUUUUGCUGCUUCAAAAUGGUUGUCCAACUUCAUCUUCAAAAACUUCCAUUUCCAUGACUACAAUCAUGCCCUCCGCUGAUACAAGAAGAACUCCAAUUUAGAUAUUUGUAACAUGUCUGUCGAAAUAAGGAACCAUGGCAUAUAUGUUUUGAAUAUAUUAUAUUUUAAGAGAGUUAUAAAAGCAAUAUCUCAUUGUGCCGUU